CCCACGUCAAAUAAAAAUCAGUCUAACUGUGAUAUGUGUAGUACUGUGGUACUAGAAUGGUUCUGGGAUGAAUGAAGUGACUACUCUAACAUAAACCAAUUUAAUUGAAUAGUUGUUUGUCCUUAAAAAAAAAAAACGAUUAUUACUACAAUAAUUAAUUUUGGAAUAAGAGAUAGUAUCCAAGUUAACUUCAUAUUGAAACCAAUUCACCUCAAUGAUAUUUUUUUUCCAUCCUAAACUCUGAAAAUUGGGCACCUUCCUCUCCACUCACAACUCAAUCAUUUCAAUCCCAAUUCGGAAAAUGUCGUUUUCUUAUGAGAGCUAAGCCCAGUAUUCGAAAACAUUACUCCAACUUAACAAACUACCAAAAUUUCUCAAUCCCGAAUCUCAAUAUCUCAGCAAAAGCAACUUUUUCUUUCUCCCAUAUUCCCAAUGUUCCAUUACGUGGUCUUCAUUGUCUGUAUCCACCUGAUUCCUUUAUAAUUGGAGCUUUACAUCCCCCCAAACAAAUGAUUCAGACAAACUUCUCCUUCUUCUUCUUAAUACCAUUACAUUGGUUAGCCAAGAAAACAGGGCAGAAAAUAUUUCAUAUCAAGUUUUUGGUCACAGAGUUCUUUUCCCUUUUUUCUCCCCGGAAAGAAUGACUACGGAGUUGGAGAAGCAAGAUAUUCUCAGUCCGGCGGCUGAAAUCGAUGUUGAGCAGGCCGCUUCCGCUGCAAGAUCAUCGCUUGAUGAGUUUAUCAAGAUAAGUGAAGGUAUGAUAUAAUUCACUUCUUUGAAAAAAUUGUUUAAUUUGCCUAUUACAAUUACAAAUACAAAUUGUAUGUUAAAGGGUACAUUCUUAAGGUCAAUCAAGUCGCAAUUUGGUCUUUGUAUGCCAAAAUUUGAAAGGAAAAAGAAAUUGUUUUAAAAUAGUGUUGUUAGAUCAUAGAUGUUUCCACAAAAUGGUAGUAGCACACAUCUUUAUGAGGCCUAUUCUAUGUCGGGUUAAUUACUAAAAGAAAUGGUCUUUUAUUCAUGUCAACUUUCAUUUAUCGAGUAAAAGAGUUGCUGCCGUGUCACAAAAGAUCAUCUUUUUACCCUAAAUAAGAUCGAAAUGGAUACAAAAGAUUGUUGUUGGACCAUUGGAAUUAACAAUUUACAGAAAAACAGAGAAAAAAUAUUUUAAGCAAAAACAGGGGAAGAAAAAAUGGAACCGUUCAUUAUAUAGACGAAUUAGACGGACAGUAAUACUAAUGGCAGAAAUUUGAUCUAUGAAAAUGAAAGAAAAGGGUGGGCCCCUGAUUUUUCCGGCAAUUAAGGAUUCCAUGAAUCUAAAACUAGAGUAUAUGUGUGGAAGACUUUGCAGGCAUUCAAAACUGUAUGCUGAUAUCCCUAAUAAUACACAAUCUGAAUAUCGUAUAUCAUUGAAUGUAAACGUACUAUUUUAUUUGGGAUUUUCUUGCUUCUUCUGUUGCCAUCAUGGAUCGAUCUGACGAUAAGACCAAAAUGGGAUGUUGUUUCCCAGUUCGACUUGAUCGGUCCAUGAGGCGCAGCUUCGGAUCUAACCGGAACAACUCCUCUGACAAAUUGGGUAAAAAAAUAAAAAUUCCAUUUUCGGGUUUUUUUUAGUUUCAUCAUUAUGGAUUGAUAUUGAUUUUAGAGAAAAAAUUUUGAUGGGUUUUCUUUUUCAACGAUUAUGAUGAUAUAGGGUCACCGAAAUCAGGCGGUACACCGAGAUCAAGAAAGAACAAGGAACCGGCAAAGGUUCCUGGACUGGUGGUUUGCUUUGGGGAACUUCUGAUUGAUUUCGUGCCUACUGCUUCUGGAGUGUCACUCGCUGAGGCACCUGGAUUCAAGAAAGCGCCCGGGGGAGCGCCUGCGAAUGUUGCUGUUGGAAUUGCAAGACUUGGUGGAAAUGCUGCUUUCAUUGGAAAGGUUUUGUAUAUAUGUGUUUCCCCUAUUUGAUUGUGAUUUGUGAUUGCCAAUUUGACCAACGAAUUUUCCUUGAUCUUCUUUUACCUAGUCUACGUUAAUGUUUCAGGUUGGUCAGGAUGAAUUCGGGUAUAUGUUGGCCGAUAUACUGAAGCAAAACAAUGUUGACAAUUCCGGCAUGAGAUUUGAUCCAAAUGCGAGAACUGCAUUGGCUUUUGUAACCUUAAGGGCUGAUGGAGAACGUGAGUUUAUGUUCUUCCGCAAUCCUAGUGCUGACAUGCUUCUUACUGAAUCAGAACUAGACAAAGAUCUCAUCAGAAAGUCAAGCAUUUUUCACUAUGGCUCAAUCAGCUUGAUAGAGGAACCUUGUAGAUCAACUCAUUUGGAAGCGAUGAAAGUCGCCAAAGAGGCAGGCUGCAUUCUCUCUUAUGACCCAAAUCUUAGGUUGCCUUUGUGGCCAUCUGCAGAGGCUGCACGGGAAGGCAUUAUGAGCAUUUGGGAUCAAGCUGACAUCAUUAAGAUAAGUGAGGAGGAGAUCACAUUUUUGACAGGAGGAGAAGACGCUUUUGAUGACAAUGUGGUCUUGACCAAACUGUACCCUCAGAAUCUCAAGCUUUUGCUUGUAACCGAAGGUUCAGAGGGAUGUAGAUAUUAUACUAAGGAAUUUCAUGGCAGAGUUCACGGUGUAAAAGUCGAGGCAGUUGACACAACCGGUGCAGGGGAUGCCUUUGUUGGUGGAUUGUUGAACAGUUUGGCUGCAAAUCCUGAAUUGUAUAAGGAUGAGAAGAAAUUACGAGAGGCUCUCCUGUUUGCCAACGGGUGUGGAGCAAUCACAGUGACAGAGAAAGGAGCCAUCCCAGCUCUCCCAACAAAAGAAGCAGUCGUUAAGAUUUUGGAUGGUGUUAGUACUGCCAACUGAAAAGGCAGACUCGACAGAAAUUUUUGAUGUUCUUCCUUAGAACCAAACAGUAUCAGUGGAAACUCCCAUAGCAUUGUUAGAUUACUAUCAGAUCUAGUAAUUUUACUUCGUCUUUAUACCACAAGGAGCCAUCACGAACCCUUUGUGAUAUUUGCAAGUUUCACAAGCGGGGAUGGUUUCAUAUCAUUGUUAUCUAUUUAUAUAGUCUACUAAUUCUAUCAUCCGACAGAUUUGGCAAUAUUGCUUCAUUUGGUUUUGUCGGACCCGAUCUUAUGUUCUUACAUCAAGGCAUUCCGUAAUGGCAGCAAAGCCGGCCAUACAUGCAAAGUAUUGUAUGCAUAGCUAAACUUGAGAUAGUUUACUCAGUCCAUAACCUAACUUAACCACAAGAACCAUAAGAAGAUGAAAUUAUACUUAUCAGCAAGUUUCAGCCAUUUCGUCUUUAAUUAGGACUAUAAUUAAAUCUAUAAAAUAAUUUACAUAGGGGAUGAACCUUGUGAAAUGUUUCUUCUUGAGAGUGUUCCAAUGGCAAAAAAAGACAAGUAAAUUACUAAUAUGCAUCCGCAAGUUCACAGAACAAUGGUAGUACCUAAUUUUUCUUAUCAUAGGAUCAGACAAGUCUCCACUUUUCUUCCUUCUUCCUUCUUUUUCUUUUCUUUGGCAACUGAUUUUGGAAGUAUUCAACUUAAAAUUUGAAAUGGAUGACUAAUUAGAUGACAAAAGAUUCUUCUUUUGAUCAUCCAAAAUCAGUUCUUUACUGUUUGCCUAUAUCUUCUCUCUGGUGGUCCGAUAAACAAAUCAGUCUCCACAUCUGAAAUUUCACUACUUUCCGAACGAGGCAAAAUCUCAACACUUUCUUUUGGUCUCAGCUGAGGUUCCACUCCACA